CCAGAGGCACACACACACUCUCACUCUCUCACACACACUCUCAUCCUCCUCUGCGUGUGCAUGGAUACCAGGCUGUUUCAUUUAUAGCUUCCAUCUUUCUUUUAAUUCAUCGCCAAGGCGUUGACGAACAUGCACAUUUGAAGUGAGUUUCAUGUUCUGAGGCAUCGAUGUUUCGGUUGCAUUAAAGACCCAUGGCAAAGUGGCUGAAAGAUUACUUGAAUUUUGGCAGCAAGAAAGGUCCUCCGCAGCCGCCCAAGCCCGAUUACACAGAGAGCGAGAUACUUCGCGCCUACCGUGCCCAAAAAGACUUGGACUUUGAAGAUCCGUAUGAACCCUCGAACCGAGCACAUAAUGGCUCGGGGACCUCUGACCUCUUUCCUGCAUUCGGGACGGUUUUGCCCAAUGGCAUGGAGGUCAAGAUCAUCUCUCCUAAGCACAGACUGAUAAAAGUGGAAUCUCAGGAAUUUAACCGCUGCAAGAUCCCACUGGGCAUCGUCUCAUUCGAGGAGCCUCACAUACCCGUUGUUCCAUCCGCUCCAGCAGUUGGAGACACGGAUUAUUCAGACCCAUUCGAUGCUCGUCCAGACCCUCGGGUCCAUCUUGGCUGGGAGUCUAGUUCUGUAGAAAACAGCAGCAGUUACAUGGAACCUUUCGAGGCCCAGAGAGUCAUUACAGAGCUGCAGCACGGCUCGGAGCAUGGCCGGACUGUCUCCCGGGCGAGCCCACUGCUCUACGACAGUCCGUAUGAAGAGCGUGGACACUACAAGACUGCUUUCCUAGAUGAUGAAAGGGAGAGCCGGCUGCCCCAGGACGACGAGAGGCCUGCAGACGAGUAUGACCAGCCCUGGGAGUGGAAGAAGGAAAACAUCUCCAAAGCAUUAGCUGUACAGUUUGAUGGUGGCGAUUGGGAGCGCUCCACACUGCCCCACACGGACCAGCACAGGAGAACUGGAGGGUCCCGAACCAGUCCUCCAUCCAGCAAGGUCACCAGUCUACGCAAACCCGGUGACCUCCUGGGGGAAAGGGUGGACCCUGUAUUACCUCUGGAACAGCAAGUGUGGUACCACGGGGCAUUGACGCGCUCUGAAGCUGAGAGUCUGCUGACACUGUGUAAAGAGUGCAGCUACCUGGUGAGGAACAGUCAGACAAGCAGAAACGACUACUCUCUCUCCCUCAGGAGCUGUCACGGCUUCAUGCAUAUGAAGUUCUCUCAGUCACGCGAUGGGAAGUACAUCCUCGGCGAGAACAGCCCCCCUUUCGACACAAUCCCAGAGGUCAUCCACUACUACACCACCCACAAGCUACCCAUCAGGGGUGCAGAACACCUCUCUCUCCUCUUCCCGGUGGUGGUCCAGACACUCUGAGAACAUGCACAGCUGCACACUGGCCCCUCCACACUCACUCACAGACACACACACACAGGCUUAAACUUAUUUUUUUUGUUGUUGUUGCUUAGAACACUCACACACUCACAUGUUCGUACUUAUAUAUAUACACUCAGGGUCUGAUCUUGGUCAGCUUGCAGUAGCGCUUUGUAUUUGAUGAAAUGUGUAGGGUUAUGUGUGAAUUUUAAUAAUGGAUGACUUUUUUUUUUUUUCUUGCCACGAAUCGUUUUUGAAUCUGCUCUGAAUUAUUCUGCAGGUUGGAAAUUUAACAUUUUAAUGAAUAUUAACGUGAGGGCUGGAAUGAUGCCGUAGGUUAUUUGAAUACAUUUGACACUACACUCGUUGUCGUGCUUUUAAAUGCCCUUUACACUAUGUGACUUGCACAAAACUGUGGUAUAAGAAUGACUUGAAUACAGUGCGUUGUUUGCCUUUGCAACUAGUCCUUUAUUAGACUGUUUCUUUAAUAGAAUUUUUACAAAAAUGUAAAAAUUGGAAGUAUGGAUUUAUACAUGCUCUAUAAGAAAUCCCUUCGCAAGACUUACACACUGAUAUUAGCAUGACCUAAACACUAUCGAACUGUAGGUCCUUGUACUUGUACCUUUCUCUGCCUCUGCUGUUGGCAAAAUCGCGUCCGGAUAGCUAAAUAGUAAGAUAUGAGUGACUAAGGGAUGCAUCAAUACUAGGAACUGACUUGCAGUACGUACGUAACUGAAUCGUUCCUUCCACCCCGCCAUCUCUGAUCAAUAUUAAUACUUGUACUUAAAAGUGUUCUAUCGUCAUGUGACUCUAUGUAAAGUAACCCUGGUGUACAAAACAUCCUCCUGCAAUACACGGCUCCUGAGGUGAACAGGCCUACAAAUUUCCUGCACUUCAAUUCAGCGAGCCGUGAUAUACAUAUAGUACACAGUGCUGUGCAAAAGUCUUAGGCACCAUAUUAUAUGCUGUACCAAUUUUGUUAUAUAUGUUUAUCAUGUCUGCAUAAUUAUGUACAAAAUCAUUUAGUAGUUCCAUAUAGAACUUAAAAAUGAAUUAAUAACUAACAUUACAGGAGAAUAAUAUGCAUGACUGUAAAGAAAGAAGAAGCGAGUGUGACGAAGUUACCAGGAGAACUCAUAUUCUCCAGCAAGCUCAGUAAAACCUAACAGCUGUUUUCUUAUAAAACUGUACAAAUCUGUGUCUAAAACUCCUGAUUUCAAGCAAUGAGUUUUCACUCCAAAUAUUGACUCUAUUUUAUUAAUCUUUAUUGCUCUUUAUAGAAGUUUCUUUUAUGCAGAAAUGUUUUCAGAAGCAUAUUUUGCUUCUGCCAUAUUUUUGUAUGUGCCCAAGACUUUUGCACAGAACUAUAAGUAAAACACCUGUUAGGUUUUACUGAGCUUGCUGGAGAAGAUGAGUUCUUCUGGUAACUUUGUCACACUCGCUCUUUUCUAUUCCUAUGCAAAUCCCAGGAGCGUACAUUAGGUUUUUUGUUUCCAUCUGAAAACUAGUCUGUCAUGUACUAUAUUUUUAUUCUUUUUAUAUUUUUUGGUCUUGUAUAUAUUAUUUUUAAG